AUGGAGAUCCAAGACUGUGGCCUGGGCGAUUUUGGCAACCUGCCCCCUGAAAUGCGUUCUUGUAUCUGGGACCAUCUGUGCCCCCACGACUCGACCCAGACCGACCUAUCAAUCCUUCGCGCAAGUAAAUGUCUCCACGAGGAAAUAUCACAUCAUUUCUACUCUCGAAUCUCUCUUGACGUGAAUGUCAGCCCGAAGUUCGAGCGCCUCCAGUUUCUCGAAAUCUAUUCACGCAAAUGGAACAAACACUGGUUCCUUCCCACCCAGAGCUACGCCCGCCGCCGCGGCUUCCAGUCCCUACCAUACCACAAGGUCGACCUCACCAUCAACAUCCACGCCCCGAACCCGAGAGAUCCCGGCCAGAUGAUCACGCUGUGGAAGCGCAUGAAGGCGCUGAGCCGAAUCCUACAGCGGGCAUCCAAAAUUAAGAGCCUUAAACUGUGCUUCCAGAGAGGCGAGGGAAAACAAGACUGGCAGGGCAGUAUCAGAGACGGUCAGGCAAGCUCGAGCAUUCGCUGCGGCGACCUCGACAUCCCAGACUAUUUCAUGGCCCUGAUCCCGCUCUGUAGCCUCAAAAGCAUCCAGGAAUUCCAGAUCAGCGCGGAUUGCCAAGAGUUCUUCGAUGCCAUCGACUGGAGCCUGAUCAACUCCAGCCGAGAGUUCAUCCUCAAGGGCGUCCUCCCAUCCCAAGACGGCAACAACGACGGCAACAACGGCAACAGCGACAACUACCUCCCCAUCCUGGAUGAGUUUCGUGACAUCUCCCACCUGGUGGCGGAGCUCUCCUUCAUGCUCGACCUGAAACUAGACGACAUGGACGGCCACACCGCCAACAUGCUACGUCUAGACCGGUUCAGCCGAUGGUUCCGCAACGGUCGAACGGGCCUCUCCCCGUACCAGCGCCAAAUUAGACACCUCCUCCACCGGUACCCGGAUAUCGUCCGCUACCAUGAUCCGUUCCUCGCCGACCUGCGCAAGCGACACAUCCAGCUCGUCGCAACGUACCACGUCGAAUUCGGACAUGGGAGGACUUUCCCCUGCCGCGUCUGGGAUAGUGCGGAGUGGGACUGCCAUUAUCCGCGGGGGAUCGAUCCCUUACGGAGGGAUCUAGUCCAGCUAUACUGGGAGGAUUAUAUGGUGUAUGUCCAGCGAGGAUUGUUCCGGCCCUUGGACCGGUUAAUUUGGGAUUAUAAUUCCCGGCGGGCUCGUUCCUCCCCUUCCAACUUGGAUUGA